CAAGCGAGAUUCCUCAGUCACGUCUGACCUGCCGUGAGGUACGCAUUUACUGCCGGUUAACGAUUGCGCGUGACAGUGCGAGAGUAAGUAGAGUCGCCGGUGCCUAAAGUCGUUCGAGAGUCACGAGCCGAGAAUGAAAUUCAUCCCUGGCCUGACAAAAUACGACAGUGGCAGAGGUAGCGAAAGUAUCGUGAGCGUUAGCAGCAGCAGCAGCAGUAGUAGUAGUGAUCGUGGCAGUAUAUCGUUUUGGCGCGGCGCCGUCAGUGACAGCAAAACGAUCAGGACGCAUAAACGACGGGAUCACCAGAUAUAAUAAAUGCUUCUUCUUUUUUCCGUUAGUUUUGUUUUCUUUACGUUUGGUUUACGCACACGGGAGAGAGAGAGAGAUAGAGCUCUCUAGGAUAGUUUACGCGCGAGCGCACGAAGCACGUACGCGGUUUUGCAUUGCGACACGUCGCGCGCGCGAGGAGUAACAAGGAGACUAAAGUGCGUAACGUACGUUGGGGUGUACCCGGCGAGAAUAUUUGUACAUAAUCACGGAGGUCUUCGCGACUAAAGAGUGAUUCGGAGUGGAGUGUGUCUCAGUGUGUACUUCGCAUCGAUCGUGAUUAAAACCUUGGCGGAUAUACAAAUGGAUACCUUAACGAUGCCUACCCCAACGAUGCCUAACCCGUUCUCUUGCCAUCCAUCAAAGAUGCACCCGUUUCAUCUGCAUCAGACAGACUCGAAAUUUUUCCACCCGUCCUUACUUCAUAGUAUGACUUAUAAAAAUUUCUUUCAUUCUGUUUUCGACGAUACGAAUAAACAAAUCGAACAGUUGACAUAUAGUUUGCGGCUGUUGACUCGACGUGAACCAAGUCGACUCGACGAAGAGUACCAAUCAAGAGCUCCAAGUUUGUUCCCGAAAAGUGAAGAGUUUCAAUUUAAAGAAAAAUGUGGAUUUCCAGUACCACAGCAGCAAUCAAUCAGCAAGCCGAAGUCGGAGGCGGGAUCGGAGGCGAACUGGAAUUCAAAACUGGAAUUCAAAACUCCGCAGUCGAAGCUGAAACCGAAACCGAAGAUAGAAUCAGAGUCAAGCUUAGAUUCCGAUUGCAAUUCAGACUCGGAGAGCGAUACAAAAGCGAUAGAGAAGUUGUUCGAAAUUCCAUUACAGAAGAUCGAAGAGAUUCUUUUAUUAAGUGAAAAGCCACACUUCAAGCAAAAGUCAGAGUCAAAGUCAGAGGAAAAGAUUAGUUUUGAUUUGAUCGAGGCUGAUUUGGAUACUACUAAGGAAGUUAUAAAACGUUAUGAAGAGGAGCUAUCACAAUUUAUUCUGAAUAACGAUAAUAACACAGAUAAUUAUAACUAUAACAAGCCUGGCCUCUGUCUGGAAAAACGAAAUAAAUUUGUUCGGAAUCUAAAGACGAACGGCAAUUAUCUUUUGACCAAUGCUGCCUAUAAAUAUGGUUCCUCUAAUCGAUAUAAUCCGUAUAAUCCGUUUGAAAAAACAUUCAGGCGUAAUUUCGUGAACCACGUGUGUGACUUGGUCAUAUCUGCGAACUCUGAAGUGAGUGAAAGUACUAUCAAAGAGGCUGAAAGUGUUUGUGAAAAUAUGCGUCGUGGUGCGAGGAAACGAGGAUAUCAGAUUGAUGAUUUGCUUCCGCUUUUACCUCCAAAGAGAAAAAAAGUUGAAAACGAUACAAUCAGGCAAUUAAAUCAGAGAAUCAUUGAGUUUUUGAGCAAAUUAGACACUAAUAAUUUGAACGAAUUAAAAACUUAUAAUUUGAGCGAAUUAAACACUAAUAAUUUGAGCGAAUUAGAUACUAAUAAUUUGAGCGAAUCAAACAAUGAUAAUUCGAGUGAAUCAAACAAUGAUAAUUUGAGCGAAUCAAACAAUGAUAAUUUGAGCGAAUCAAACAAUGAUAAUUUGAGUGAAUCAAACAAUGAUAGUUUGAGCGAAUCAAACAAUGAUAAUUUGAGCGAACCAGAAACGAAGAUGAACGAAGAUGAAGAUAAGAAGGAGCUGCCGACGACAUCCGGGCACAAUGACAUACGUUAUCCUUCCUCAAAUGAAUCAUCGACAUCACGCCAAGGGUUGUCAACCGAGUAUCAGCGAGUUAGACGGCAUUCGAUAAGUCAGCGGAGAAAAGCCGAGGAAAAUCGACGGCAGGAGGAUAUCAUGAGAAAUCAUCUCAGUGAUCAUUGCUACGCAGAUAUGACUGCACGCACAAGUAUGGAACGAUUAGGAUUACAUCCACUUACCGAGUCCGAAGAGGAGAUCGAUGUGAUAUCUCCAUCCAGGAUAUGCGAAAGACAAACGAUCAUUCAUCAGAUGCAAAGAGACGCCAGUGUGCUCGCGAAUGCACCGAUUUCACGCCGAGGUCGUGGUAGACCACCAGGUCGAAAUUCCGUAAAACGUAAGAGAAUCACCGGACAAAUGUCAUCUCUUUCCGUUUCCUCCCCCGUCACUUCUAUUUUAAAGCGUGGUCGUCCUCAGAAGAAGACAAAGAGGAGUAGCAAAAAUCGUAAUGAAAAUCAAGAACAGAAGGAAAAAAGAAAAUUGCAUAACACAAUGGAGCGACAACGGCGGAUACACUUGAAAAACGAGUUUAAUCAGUUAAGAAAACGUGUCCCAAUAAUUGCGAACAAUGAAAAAGCUUCGAAAGUGUCCAUUUUGAACAAUGCGAGAGACUAUAUUCUUCAACUGAUUAGUACAAGCGUUUCUUUUGAUCCCGAGAUUGACCAGCUGAAAAAGCGUCAAGAAAGCCUUAAGAUAAAAAUCCAGGAGCUCAUAGAGAAGCAGAACGAAAGACAAGAAGGAAACAAUUAAAGAUUAUAACGAAAUUAAACAAAAAAUUAAACAAAGAAAAUUAUUAAAGAAAAUACUUUUAGAAACAUUGAAGUGACGACACACGACUUUCGAUUUCCGCGAUGCGUAUGUCGACAAAUUAGACACAUCCAUAAUAAUCAAUGGAAACAUUGACAUGACUUGCAAUGAAUUUGGCAAAA